AGAGCUGUGUGGAAGGUAGAGUGGCACCUGCCUGGUCUCACCUGAGCACCUGAGUACCUGAACUCUCUUUCUCUCUUUUCUUUUCUUUCAUUUUUCUUUUUUAUGUGUUUUUUCAGUUUUUACAGGAUUAUUGUGGAAUACCUGUUGGACCUGGAAUGCUGUGCUCCAGUUUGGUUUUUUUCAGUGUGAGGAGGAGAUAAUAAUGGCGACUGCAGGCUGAGGGUCCGCGGGGCUGACCGGGGCAGAUGUCCCCCCGCGGGAGGGUGUGUUUUUGGUGCGUAUCGUGUGUGUGUUCUCACAGCGCCCCCCGCUGAUCCGCAGCUAUGGGUCUGUGUCCCGCCGCGUCCAGGUUCACCAGAAAGGCCAAGUAUCUGCUGCUGCUGGCGCUGUGCCUGUGUGUGCUGGCCUGGAUCUCCACGCUGUCUGACGGAGUGCUGAAGGAGGCGGAGCUAGUGCCCACGCCGCCGCUGCCAGCCAAUGACGGAGGCAGGAAGGACGCGGUGCUGGAAGCGCUGAAAGAGCUGGACAGCACCGAAACCGAGCCGGAGCAGACCAACACCGAGGAAGAGGAGGAGCAGGAAGAGAAAGAAAAGGAGGAAAAGGUCAUAGAGGAGGUUCAGCCCCCUAAAGCCAGCUGUCCAGAGAAAUCUCCACUCCUCAGUGGAGCGGUGAAGCUGUUGUUCGAGAGCUCGCUGACGCUGGCUCAGGUUCAGGAACAGAACGGGGAGGUUAUAAAGGGUCAGUACGAACCCGCCGACUGCACGGCCAGACAGAGCGUGGCCAUCCUCAUCCCCCACCGUAACCGCGAGAAACACCUGCUGUACCUGCUAUACCACCUCCACCCCUUCCUGCAGCGCCAGCAGCUCCACUACGCCAUCUACGUCAUCCACCAGGCUGGAGAAGCAAAGUUUAACAGGGCUAAGCUGCUGAACGUUGGAUAUCUGGAGGCUCUGAAGGACUUUAACUGGGACUGCUUCAUCUUCCACGACGUGGAUCUGGUUCCUGAAAACGAUCAGAACCUCUACAGGUGUGAAGAUCAGCCCAAACACCUGGUGGUGGGCAGGAACUCCACCGGCUACAGGCUCAGAUAUAAAGGGUAUUUUGGGGGCGUGACGGCCAUGAGCAGAGAGCAGUUCUUCAAAGUCAACGGCUUCCCCAAUUCAUACUGGGGCUGGGGGGGCGAGGACGACGACCUGCGGAUACGGGUGCAGCUCCAGGGGAUGAAGAUUAUUCGGCCGCCGGCGAAGAUCGGCCGCUACACCAUGGUGUUCCACAAGAGAGACAGCGGCAACGAGGUCAACAAAGACAGGAUGCGUCUGCUGGGCCGGACGACGAAGAUGUGGAAGAAGGACGGUCUGAACUCCUGUACUUAUCAGACUCUGACGGUGGAGAGACCCCUGCUCUACAUCAACGUCACAGUGGAUAUAGGAAAACCCCAUUCAGCCCACUAAGCUCCGCCCACUAAACUCCGCCCCCGGACUGGAACUGAACCAGAACCAGAACAAGAACAUGAACUUUCCAGCAGAACUUCUGCUGCUCAGCACCGGUUCUACUGAAGGAGUGCCUAAAAACAUUAAAACCCAUCGCCUGAAGAGUUCCUGUGCCACUGAUGUAGAAAUAAAUACAAAUAAAGUUAAAAUAAUCCCAUCAGAAGGACGAGUCCACACAAAAAAUCUCAUUCUCUGCAUAAUUCACAGCUUAAAGAGCCACUAAACCCUAAAUUAUUUAUCAUUAAAAGCUGAAAUCUGUUCUUUUAAAGUAAUAAAACAUACCAGUCCUGAUUAAAAUCUGUAUAAACAUUU